UUUCCCCAUUCUUUUCCUUCCUCUCCCGCAACUCCUUCCUCUCUGUCGUCGUCGCCGCCGCCGCCGCUCAUAUCCUUCCUCUCCCGCCGCCGCCGCCAACCGCUGGAGAGAAGUGAGAUGGCUGGCUUGGAAGGUUUUGAGUUCUUCGAGAUCAUAAUUGAGAAAUCUUGCAGUAGGCAGAGGCUGCCUGACAAGUUUGCGAAGAUGCACGCGGGCCAUGAUCCCCACAAAGUGAAGCUGCGGGAGGCCGACAGCGGGCUUCACAUGCUGUGGAAAGUGUUGGUGGUGUUUGAUGGUGAAGGCCACAUGUACCUAGGGCCCGGCUGGGAGCAGUUCGCCCGCACCCAUGAGCUACAGCUCGGGUACUUCCUUGUCUUCCGCUACGACGGCGACGCCAUGUUCACCGUGAAAAUGUUCGACAACACCAUGUGCCGCAUGUACUACCAGCACGACAACGAUGCCAGCAAUGGGAGCAGCAGCGGGGAUGACGAGGAGCAGAGCGGGGAUGACGACGAGGAGCAGAGCGGGGAUGACGAGGAGCAGCCUAUUCUGGCUGACGACGAACAUGAUAUGGUGGUGGCUGAUGACGACCCUGCUAUGUUGGUGGUGGAUGACGACCUUGCUAUGGUGGUGGCGGACGACGACCUCGCAAUGGUGGUGGCGGACGACGACCUCGCGAUGGUGGUGGCGGACGACGACCUCGCGAUGGUGGCGGCGCCUGCAAUCCCAUAGCUUGGUGACAGGACCAUGCCAAUUGUGGUAGAGGAGUACAUCCGCGUUGGGAUUCGCCACUCUGAGCGCAUCAGGUUGAUGAAGGAGAAGAAGGAGGAGUGAAGGUGUUAAGAAGGUGUUCAACAUGUUAGGUUUAAGCUUGUUAGUGUAAUAUGAACAUGUCAAUGUUAAGUAUGUCAGGUUUAAUUUUGUGCAUGCUCAUGGAUGCUGUAUGACAGUGUCAUCUAAACAAGUCAUGUUUUUAACAAUGAAUAUUCAGUUUG